UUAUAGUGUAUUUGCUCUGGCUCUGCCCCUUCAAGCCACAACGGAAUGAGGCAGUUUCAGUUAUUUCAACAGUCAUCCCUACUGAUACCAUGUUACCCAUGCAAUUUCAUGCCUUUGGCUUCUAUUUCCAUUCCUCAAAUUAAUCCAUAUGCUUCUUCCUUCCAAAAAUCUCCUUCAGUUUCUUCUCUAUCCGUUCCCCCAAAACUCAACUUGUCCCUUAAGCAUCUUCCACUUCUUCACUCUUCCCUUAUCCUGCGCUCACGAUUAGUAUGCAGGAGUAGUGGCUCAGAUAUGAUACCGCAGCUUGAAAUUGAGAAGCCAGAAGGAACAAGGAAACAGGAUAAGCGCGUCAAUGGCAUAUUUUGGAUCAUACUUAUUAAUCUCGGACUAUAUGUGGCCGAUCAUGUAUUUCAGGUCCGUGGUAUUAAAUCUUUGUACUUUUACCACAAUAGGCCCACUUGGUACCAAUUUGUGACUUCAACUUUUUGCCAUGCUAACUGGAACCAUCUUUCCAGCAACCUCUUUUUUUUGUACAUCUUUGGGAAGCUUGUUGAAGAGGAGGAAGGAAACUUUGCAUUGUGGCUUUCUUACAUUUUUACUGGUGCCGGAGCAAACCUUGUUUCAUGGUUGGUCUUACCAAGAAAUACAGUUUCUGUUGGAGCCUCUGGUGCUGUUUUUGGAUUAUUUGCAAUUAGUGUCCUUGUAAAGAUGUCUUGGGACUGGAGGAAGAUCCUUGAAGUGCUUAUAUUGGGGCAAUUUGUUAUAGAGAAGGUAAUGGAGGCAGCCCAAGCUUCAGCUGGAUUGUCAGGUAGUUACGGUGGCUAUGCAUUGCAGAGUAUUAAUCACAUUGCACAUCUCUCAGGGGCUCUUAUUGGUGUGUUUCUAGUAUGGCUUCUCAGCAGAGUUCCAUCUGAGCCUCGAGAUCAAGAGGCAAUGAAUUUACAUGGAAAAAGGGACAAACUUCCAUAACCAAUAUAAACUUUAUAUAUGCAACGAAUGUGUUUGUAUAGGGGAAUUGAAUUGCAUAUUUUCCUGGCUUGGAUUUAUUGUUGGUCAUGUGAAUUGUAUAAGUCAGAAUUGUAAAAUUUUCUCAUAGUUACAAGUUAUUUACGAUUGAAGCAUAUAGCAAUAUGAACAAACAAGAGAAUGUUGAUAUUAAGUAGCCGAGAAAGCUGGGAAGGGCUUUAUGUGUGUUGACAAUUCUUGCUACAAGAUAGUUGUUGUUAUAGAUUUGAAUUCCUGUAUUCAGAAAACCUGGAUCUUUAAU